AUGUGGCGUAUCAUCUUGGCUUUGCGACGAAAUCUGCGGAACAUGAAGAAAUGUCCCCGAGUAGCCGAUGAGAACAUGUGCGGCGGCGGCGGAGGGAAUAACAACAAUAGCGAUGCGGCCAUUGGCAUAAACGGAACAGCCUCGCGUGGUGGAUCAUGGAAUGGCCUUUCUUUAGCGUCUUGCUUCUCUCAACCAACGGUUAAUGGAGUUGAUGGAGUCUGGGUGUCGACCGAGUUUGCUCAAAUAUCAGAGAUGAAUCAUUUUGUGGUCAGAGACAGCAUGCGUUAUGCAAUCUUGAUGUAA